UGGGGCCUGCUAGGCCCCGGGGACCGGGCCCCACAGUCCGCCUCCAUCUUUGAGACAAGGGCCGGUGGAUGAGGUGACGGACGAACGGACGGGGCCCAUGUUCGAUUUGGGGAUAAUCCCUGCCCCUUCCCCCAAAAUCCUGGAAAAUUGACUAAUGUUAAGUGUGAGUAAAAGGUUCCCACCUUUCAUUUGGGAAAAUACUUGAUUUUUUUUUGUUUUUUUGUUUAGUGCUAGGUAGCGUUUGUGAAGAUUUCAGCUUGAAAAUGUACAGCUUGGGUAAUGUGAAGAUUGGAAUUGCUUUAAACCGUAGUUUAUUUGGACUGGUUUCAAAAUCCCAAAUAGAUUCUUACAUUGAUUUUCUUUUUCUACAAUGCCACUGGCCUCUGUGGGGGAAAAAAAGGCUUUUAACUUGGAGAAAUGGGCAAUUGGCACCUUUUAGGGAGCAACAGGCUGCUAAGAAUUUCACAAUAAACUGCUCAAGUAAGUGUACCAAUCAGUGAUUGUAGCAAGGCCAUUAUUUCAGGUUGCCCGGUGCCAAAGAGAAAUAGGCUUCUGUAAAUGCAGAAUGUUUUGUAGGCCAAUUCACAGGGGAGCGUUUCUAGUGCUCUUCAGCCGUUGCUCAGCCCACUUGCUCUUAAACUGCCUUGAAUCCUUGGCACUUUUUGGUUGGCUAUCAUCUUGGGGUUUUGUUGUGAUUAUGCACAUACCCAUAUCGUUCACGCUAAUGCAGGCGUAUUCCUGAACGUGUGUUCGUGGCUCGCAAAGCAUAGACUGACGACCCUUUUUUUUUAGCAAGAACUUAUGACUUGUCCAUCUUGAAGUGAUCCUAAAUCAGGAAAUUUUCAAAUGACAGAUUACUCAAAUGUGUUUCGUCACUGCACAUUUGUGUGUAUGCUGGUGUGUAUAAAUAAUUGGAAAAAGUGUCUAUGCUGAUACCUUUAUAAAUGUUCACUCAUUCUUUCUAUAUAUGCGGGUCUGUUUUCAAUAUGCAGAUAAUAAAGAUGGGGGAAGGUUUCUGUUUUUUUCUUAAUAGGUGAAGAAAUCUUGAAGACCUGCAAUUGGAUCUUAUUGUUUUGGCUUUUUUUUUUUUUUUGGCUUUUUUUUUUUUAAGUAAUUGGUCGUCUUUGGAAGAUGGAUCUUCUGUUUUGCAGCCCGUUUGGGUUUCAAGUUAUCUUUAAAUGAACUGUUGGGGUUUGGUUUUUUUGGAAUUUUUUUUUUUUUUAAAGAAAAUUAAACCUGGCUCUCUCCAGUCUGACAGAGCUUAUUCAAAUGGACUCAUCCCUCCAGUAGUUGGGAGAUUUUUAAAAGUGCAGCCUGUGUUUGACUUGUGGCUGAGAGGUGUUUCCUUGGCAGUGUGAGGAGGAAAAUUCGUCCUCCCCCUUUAUUAUUAAUUCAUGGAUUGAGUGUUGGUUCGACCUACAGGAGUGAUAAAUUGGAACUCGUUGAAGAUAGACACUGCUGUUGGGGUCAGCCAGAUGUGUUUCUUUUAAAGAAGAUUUCAUUGGUUGAAUUGCCUGUGGAAGAUUGAGACCAUUGGAGAAGAACUGAAGCUGAAACCCAUCCCGAAAAGCCAGAGUGUUUGAGCAGCCCCUGAUCUAGGGUUCUGGCCAGCAUGUCUAAUCAGGGAGAGGACUGCUACUUUUUUUUCUAUUCAACAUGUACGAAGGGCGACAGCUGCCCAUUCCGUCACUGUGAAGCCGCGCUAGGAAAUGAAACCGUUUGCACACUGUGGCAAGAAGGACGCUGCUUUCGGCAGGUCUGCCGGUUCCGGCACAUGGAAAUCGAUAAAAAGCGCAGUGAGAUUCCUUGUUACUGGGAAAACCAGCCAAUGGGAUGUCAGAAAUUGAAUUGUGCUUUCCAUCACGUUAGGGGACGUUAUGUUGAAGGUCUUUUCCUACCUCCAAGCAAGACCGUGCUUCCCAGUGUGCCCGAAGCAGCGGAUGAGGAGGUGAAGACAGCCCAGCUCUCUCUCCCGCAGAACAAGCUUUCUGUGCAGUCAAACCCCUCCCCUCAGCUGCGGGGUGUGAUGAAAGUGGAAAGUUCUGAAAACGUUCCCAGCCCUACCCAUCCGCCGGUGGUAAUCAACGCCGCAGAUGACGACGAAGAUGAUGACGACCAGUUUUCUGAGGAAGGCGAUGAAGCUAAAACGGCCAUCCUACAGUCAAGUCCCGAAGCCCAUAAUGGAUUGCGGAUAACUGCUACCCGGAAACCUGGGGUCAGCCUGAAGCAAUCUGAUGGUUUGAACUUUGGAAUAAAAACCCUCGAAGAAAUCAAAUCCAAGAAAAUGAAGGAAAAAUCCAAGAAGCAAGGUGACGGCCCAUCAGGAGGGUCCAUUCACGUCCUCCAAACCCAGCCUAUUCCAGGCCCCGAGAAAGAGAAUGUCCGGACCGUGGUGAGGACGGUGACCCUGUCCAGCAAGCAAGGAGAAGAGCCCUUGGUUCGACUGAGUCUUUCUGAGAGAUUGGGGAAGCGGAAAUUCUCGAUAGGUGGUGAUGGGGCACCUCCCCUGAAGCGCAGUCUUGCUCAGAGGCUUGGGAAGAAGGUUGAAUCUCCAGACAUGGACACCGAGCAAGCUUCCCCAAAAGUUCAGGUUUCCAAGUCUUUGAAGGAGAGGCUAGGAAUGCCAGCCGAUCAGAACAGAACGGAGACAACAGGCCAAGCUGCUAAGACCGGAGAGAUCCGUGUGAAGACGCUCGAAGAAAUCCGUCUCGAGAAAGCCAGCCAGAGGAGAGAUCAGCAAACCAAAGCCAAGAGCGAAGGGCCUUGUAGAACCGAGGACUCCAGCCCGGGAUCCAGGAGCAAUUCGGCAAUCCGAAUUAAAACCUUCUCCGAGGUCUUGGCUGAAAAGAAGCACCGGCAGCAGGAGGGCGAGAAACAGAAAACGGAGCAGGAAAGCCCCCCGACCAAGGCGAAGGCCGAGGGUGAGCCCAAGAAGCAGGUGAUCCAGCUUCCUUCCCCAGCUGGCAGAGGGCUGCCCGAGGAGCCGGUAGGGAAAGCCAAGCCCAUGCCAGAAGUCCGCGUCAAAACCCUGGAGGAGAUCAAGCGAGAAAAGGCUCUGAGGGGGCAGCAGGGCUCCGAGCCCGCUGCGGCCCACGCCCAGCCUGAAGCCACCCCGGCCGGGAGGAGACUGCUCCGCCUCACCAAGAGAGCAGGUGCCAAGGAAGAGCGGAAACUCCGUGAAGCAGGCGAUCCCUCUUCUCAGAACGGCAGUACAAGGCCCGAGGCUCUGGAGGUUUCUCCCCAACCUUCAGGAGAGCCCCUGGGUGAUGCCGCUUCCCAAGUCCAGGUGAAAACGCUUGAGGAAAUCAUGAGAGAGAAGCGCCUGCAGAAACCGCCGGAGGGAGAAGCCUCACAGAAGGAGAAGGCCGCAGCCGUGAGCCCCCAGGAAGAAGCCGCGGGCAAGAGCGCCCCGGUGAUGGAGAAGCCGAAACCCACCCCCGUCCCGGGGGUGCCCCGCCGGCAGACGAAGAGGCCGACUACGAGGCUGCCCCAGAGAACAGAAGCGGAAAACCCCGGCGCUGAGGAAGCGGUGUUGAACGUGAAGUGUGCAGCCCACUCCCUGGAGAGGAGAGGCAAAGCCAAACCCAAGGUGAACGUGAAGCCGUCCGUGGUCAAGGCGGUCGCGGCCCCCAAGCCUGCGACGAAACGCAAGGCGGCUGAGAGUCACCCUGCGGUCGUUGCAGCCGUGAAGCCCCUCAGCUCCACCGGCGCCCUGCCUGAGAGCCUUUCCAAAAAGACGGCCCUGGCUGCUGGUCCCAUUCUUUUGGACGACAAACCGAUCCCGGCGGCCGAGACCGAAAAACGCAAGGACAGUCUCGAGUUGCCUCCAAGCCAAGCCCCUCCAACUCUCCCAGCCCCUGAAGUGUCGAACCCCACCUCCUCGCAGGCCCCAGCAGCGAAAACCCGCCGCCUCAGCUCCGCCUCCUCAGCUGGGAAGACCCCCGUGUCCGUGGAGGAUGACUUUGAGAAACUCAUCUGGGAGAUCUCGGGGGGCAAACUGGAGGCCGAGAUCGACUUGGAUCCCGGCAAGGAUGAAGACGACCUCCUGCUUGAGUUGUCUGAGAUGAUUGACAGCUGAGAUGAUCGACAGCCCCGAUCUCUCGUGUCCCCCCCCCC